CAGAAGGAUUCGCAGGAAAAGGUUGCUCCUUGCCCCCAGAUCCUGAUAAUCAAGAUGGGCUUCUCAGGUCUCAGCUUUUAUGUGUCAGCUUCUGAGAAACUUUCACUGACCGGGACUGGUUCUAGGCUUCUGCAUAUCAUUCAAUGUUGAUGUGAAAAACUCAUUGACUUUCAGCGGCCCAGUGGAGGACAUGUUUGGAUAUACUGUUCAACAAUAUGAAAAUGAAGAAGGAAAAUGGGUGCUUAUUGGUUCUCCUUUAGUUGGACAACCCAAGAACAGAACUGGAGAUGUCUAUAAGUGUCCAGUUGGGAGAGGUGAAUCAUUACCUUGCAUAAAGUUGGAUCUUCCAGUUAAUACAUCAAUUCCCAAUGUCACAGAAGUAAAGGAGAAUAUGACAUUUGGAUCAACUUUAGUCACCAACCCAAAUGGAGGGUUUCUGGCAUGCGGGCCCUUAUAUGCCUAUAGAUGUGGACAUUUGCAUUACACAACGGGAAUCUGUUCUGAUGUCAGCCCCACAUUUCAAGUCGUGAACUCCAUUGCCCCUGUACAAGAAUGCAGCACUCAGCUGGACAUAGUCAUAGUGCUGGAUGGUUCCAACAGUAUUUACCCCUGGGAAAGUGUUACAGCUUUUUUAAAUGACCUUCUUGAAAGAAUGGAUAUUGGUCCUAAACAGACACAGGUUGGAAUUGUACAGUAUGGAGAAAAUGUAACCCAUGAGUUCAACCUCAAUAAGUACUCAUCGACGGAAGAGGUGCUUGUUGCAGCAAAUAAAAUAGUCCAGAGAGGUGGCCGCCAGACGAUGACAGCCCUUGGAAUAGACACAGCAAGGAAAGAGGCUUUCACUGAAGCCCGGGGUGCCCGAAGAGGGGUUAAAAAAGUCAUGGUAAUUGUGACUGAUGGAGAGUCCCAUGACAACCACCAACUGAAUAAGGUCAUCCAGAACUGUGAGGAGGAAAGCAUUCAGCGGUUUUCCAUAGCUAUUCUUGGCAGCUAUAAUCGAGGAAAUUUAAGCACUGAAAAAUUUGUGGAGGAAAUAAAAUCAAUUGCAAGUGAACCCACUGAAAAGCAUUUCUUCAAUGUCUCUGAUGAAUUGGCACUAGUCACUAUUGUUGAAGCUCUGGGAGAAAGAAUCUUUGCCCUGGAAGCUACAGCUGACCAGUCGGCAGCUUCUUUUGAGAUGGAAAUGUCUCAGACCGGCUUCAGUGCUCAUUACUCACAGGACUGGGUCAUGCUUGGAGCAGUCGGAGCCUAUGAUUGGAAUGGAACAGUCGUCAUGCAGAAGGCUAAUCAGAUCAUAAUUCCCCAAAACACGACCUUUAAUGUUGAGUCUACCAAAAAGAAUGAACCUCUUGCUUCUUAUUUAGGUUACACAGUAAACUCCGCCACUGUUUCUGGAGGUGUGCUCUACAUUGCCGGACAGCCACGGUACAAUCAUACAGGCCAGGUGGUCAUCUACAGGAUGGAGGAUGGAGACAUCAGGAUUCUCCAGACACUCCAUGGAGAACAGAUCGGUUCCUACUUUGGAAGUGUUUUAACGACAAUUGACAUUGAUAAAGAUUCUAAUACUGACAUUCUUCUAGUCGGGGCUCCCAUGUUCAUGGGAACAGAGAAGGAGGAACAAGGAAAAGUGUACGUCUAUGCUCUGAAUCAGACAAGGUUUGAAUAUCAAAUGAGCCUGGAACCCAUGAAGCAGACUUGCUGUUCAUCUCUGAAGCACAAUUCAUGCACAAAGGAAAACAAAAAUGAACCAUGUGGGGCUCGUUUUGGAACAGCUAUUUCUGCUGUGAAAGACCUCAAUCUUGAUGGAUUUAAUGACAUCGUGAUAGGAGCACCCCUGGAAGAUGAUCAUGGGGGAGCCGUGUACAUUUAUCAUGGAAGUGGCAAGACUAUAAGGGAAGAGUAUGCACAACGUAUUCCAUCAGGGGGAGAUGGCGAGACACUGAAAUUUUUUGGCCAGUCUAUCCACGGAGAAAUGGAUUUAAAUGGUGACGGUCUGACUGAUGUCACUAUUGGGGGCCUUGGUGGUGCUGCCCUCUUCUGGUCCCGAGAUGUGGCUGUAGUUAAAGUGACCAUGAAUUUUGAACCCAAUAAAGUGAAUAUUCAAAAGAAAAACUGCCGCGUGGAGGGAAAGGAAACAGUAUGCAUAAAUGCCACAGUGUGUUUUGAUGUGAAAUUGAAGUCCAAAGAAGACAGGGUUUACGAAGCUGAUAUGCAGUACCGUAUCACACUAGAUUCUCUAAGACAGAUAUCACGGAGUUUUUUCUCUGGAACUCAAGAGAGGAAGAUUCAAAGAAACAUCACAGUUCGAGAAUCAGAAUGCACUAAGCAUUCCUUCUACAUGUUGGACAAGCAUGACUUUCGGGACUCCGUGAGAAUAACUUUGGAUUUUAAUCUUACCGAUCCAGAAAAUGGGCCCGUUCUUGAUGAUUCUCUACCAAAUUCAGUACAUGAAUAUAUUCCCUUUGCCAAAGAUUGUGGAAACAAGGAAAAAUGUAUCUCGGACCUCGUCCUGGAUGUCUCCACCACAGAAAAGGGCCUGCUUAUUGUCAGGUCCCACAAUGAUAAGUUCAAUGUUAGCCUCACAGUCAAAAAUAAAGAGGACAGUGCCUAUAACACCAGAACCAUAGUGAAUUAUUCUCCAAAUCUAAUUUUUUCAGGAAUUGAGGCUAUCCAAAAAGACAGUUGUGAAUCCAAUCGUAACAUCACAUGUAAAGUUGGAUAUCCUUUCCUAAGAAGAGGAGAAAUGGUAACAUUCAAAAUAUUAUUUCAGUUUAACUCAUCUUAUCUCAUGGAAAAUGUGAUCAUUCAUUUAAGUACAACAAGUGACAGUGAAGAGCCACCUGAAGCCCUUUUUGAUAAUGAAGUAAACGUUUCUAUCCCUGUAAAAUAUGAGGUUGGACUACAGUUUUACAGCUCUGCAAGUGAAUACCAUAUUUCAAUUGCGGCCAACGAGACAGUCCCUGAAGUUAUUAGUUCUACUGAGGACAUUGGAAACGAAAUUAAUAUCUUCUACUUGAUUAGAAAAAGUGGGCAUUUUCCAAUGCCAGAACUUAAGCUGUCAAUUUCAUUCCCCAACAUGACAUCAGAUGGUUUUCCUGUACUGUACUCAAGUGGGUGGUCAUCUUCUGAGAAUGUCAACUGCAGACCCAGUAGCCUCCAGGAUCCUUUUGGUAUCAACUCUGGGAAGAAAAUGAUAAUAUCCAAAUCUGAAGAUAUCAAACGAGGCACCAUUCUGGACUGCAGUGCAUGUAAAUUUGCCACCAUCACGUGUAAUCUGAUUCCUUCUGACAUGAGCCAAGUGAAUGUUUCACUUAUCUUAUGGAAACCAACUUUUAUAAAAGCACAUUUUUCCAGCUUAAAUCUUACUGUAAGGGCAGAACUUCAGAGUGAAAAUACAUCACUAGUUUUAAGUCCUGGCAAUCAAAAAAGAGAGCUUGCUAUUCAAAUAUCCAAAGAUGGGCUACCAGGCAGAGUGCCGUUAUGGGUUAUCCUGUUGAGUGCUUUUGCUGGAUUAUUGCUAUUAAUGCUGCUCAUAUUAGCACUGUGGAAGAUUGGAUUCUUCAAAAGACCACUAAAGAAGAAAAUGGAGAAAUGAAAUAUUUUAGAAGAGAAGAAAUAAUUAUUCAAUGAUCUAUCCUCAGGUUUGCCUCAAAUAUGUGACAAGAAAUUUAUAAAUACAAUUAAAGACAUAGUCACAUAACUCUGUGUAAUCCAUCAGGGAUUAAUCACUUAGAAAAUGACAGAUCAAGCAAGAGCCAAAACAAUAGAUUAAAGAUUUAUUUUAUAAAAUGUUGAAAAAUAUUUUAAAAUAAUUACUCAUUUUUGUUGAGUAUUUAAGCAAAAUUACAUAGUGUUUUGAAGAUGAAAAAUAACCUGUACAAAUAUGUUUAUAUAUUAAAUCACCAUUCAAAGUAUUUAAGGAGUACAUAAAAAGAUUUUUGUGAUCAUUGAAACAUUUACUUUCAAAAUAAUAUAAAUUAAGCUUUUUCCAUCGAUUCCUGAUGGAUGUCCACAUUCAGCAUGAUGGUCAAUAUUUGUAAAUGCCAAGAAAGGAAUUUUACCUGAAAAAGAUCACUUCCCCCCAUUUAAAUGAGAAAAAUUUCCCAGGUGGAGUCUAUAUACAAUAUGGACUGAAAAUAGCAUUAAAUCACAGAGAAUAUAUUCAGCAUCUUUGUGUUGGGCUCUAUACUUGGAAAGUUUUCUUUCCGAAGUGUUUGGAAAAUAGUGCAAUUGAGUUGAAAUUCUAUCUAGGAUAGAAAAUCAAGAUAGACUUGUUUAAAAGCAAGUGCACUGAAUGGAUUAAUUUAAGCUUUUACAGAACACGCCUAAUUUUGGUAUUGAACUCUAAAACUCAAAACUCUUUUAUACUGAAAAAGCACAGCAGUUUUAUGUGGCAUAACAGUGAUUUGUCAUGAAAAGUCACGUUGUGUGUGGGAUAUGCUAAAAUGGCUUCUGAAUGGAACUGACAAUGUAGAUGGAUGCCGCAGAAAUGCUGGUCAUCUUUUGAACGUGAGGGGUUCUCAGGAUGUAACCCAAAGUAGGAAUUGUCUCAACUCCUUGGUACAUGGUUCAUUCAAACCCUCAAGCUGUGAGAGUAUGUUUAUUUUUAAUAUUUUUAAAGAUAUUUAAUUUUCCAAAUGCGGUUCUUCUUUUUAUGAAAAAGCAGUAUUCCAUUUCAGUAUUGCAUUUUACCAACAAGCCACUGCUUUUUGAGUGUGGCAUAUCAAUGUUUAAAUAGAUCUCCGGAAACGUAUUUUAAAGAAUUUCAAGUUUGAAACCUCGCACCCACAGAAAGACAUCACACCUUCGUAUGAGCUUCUUUGUUUUUGAAGUAAUCACCGUGGUGCAUCGGACUCUACUGUAGCAUAAGCUCCUAGGUUACUCCAUUUCUUAGGGGAAAAAACAAUGAAUGAAUGUACAUGUGAACUACUGCUGUAAAAUUUUCUGAUACUUCUGCAACAACUCCAUCUCUCCACCCGAUUGACCAUCACAAGAUCAGAACCUGUAGUUAUCUGGAAAGUCCUGGGCUCUACUUUUCUCAAAAAGCAGCAAAUCAAUGGAGAAAUUAAAUGCCAUACAUUUAACUUUUAAAAACUAAUUUCCAGGGAAUUAUCUGUGGACUCAGAGGCAGCCUACCUCAUGGCUCUCUACAUCUACAUCUGAGAUCCUGAUGGUCAAAGACAUGCACCUGGGGAGUGCUGAGGUCCUCAGUAGCUAGAAGAAAGGCUAAGUUUUUCCAGAGAUUUGGUAUCCUCUUCCUGGCCUGUGAUUGCUCAGAAGUGUCCAGUUUUAGAAUUUUCUUCAUUCCUGCUAUCUAUCUCCAGGUUCCGAAAUCAUUCUUUCCACCUGUCCUUUCUUUGCCCAACAAAACUCAGGUCUCUCAUAUUCAGUCACCAUGGUACACAACUCCAGUGCACAACCUGCUCUGAUCCAAGCUCAGCACAUUCUUAGAAAUAAAUCUAAUAGAUAAAAUGUUUAAAAAUUCACACUUGUCCUCUGGCUCCUAGGCAAAGUAUUUACUGAACCAGGAGUAUGCACAUUUCAACUAAACAUGUUGUUAACCUAAAGGGGAAAAAUAGAAAAGAUGGCAUUUUUAACAUUUUAGAAAAGAGAGGAAGAGCUGUUUGGCCAAAUCAAAGAGCUACUUAUAAGCUCAGCACAGUUUUUAACAUAAUUCAUUCCUGGUUUCUAAGUAGAAUAUUAAAUGAGCCAGAUACCCUAUUUCCUUAAUAUUGUGAUCUGUUGAGGUUUAUGUAUGUAUGUGUCUGUGCAUCUGUGCGUGUGUGUGUAUAAGCACACAUGCACACACGCAUGCAUGCAUGCAUGGACACAAAUUGGAGAAAAAGUACCUCAACACCAAAUAACAGAGUUUACAAGAAAUAAACACACAAAAGCUACACCACAAGAAAAAUUUGAUUCAUCCACUUUGCGUAUAGUUUUCACUUUCAUUAAUAUUUAACUUUAGCAUACAUUUAUGCAACUAUCUAAAAAUCAUAAAUGUAGAAUUAUUAUUUUGACUAAAUUAAUAAGUCAACAGAUGUCCCAAAUUAGCUUUGUACAGAUGUCCUAAAACAGAGACAAUGAUUAAGAAAUAUACUAAACUCUAUUAUUUUAUUUUAAAACAUUUAAUAAGAAAAGUGAUAUUUAAGACAAUUUAUGAGCUUAUUCAUUAAAUUAAAUUGCAAAAUAGUUUCUUUUUUUAACUUUGGUAUUUUUUAAAAUUAAUUAUUUCUUCCACCGUGGACUGAACUAUGUAUGAAGUCCCUUUCCAUACCAAGCUUACAAUGGUAUAUUGGUAAAUUAUUGAACAACUGGCUCUCCAGGAGGAAAAAAAUCCCUGAUUUGUGUCAUUUACCAGUUUUCAUGGUCUAACUAGUUUUGUCACGGCCAUUUUCAAGCUACCAACAUAGCCCUAACCAGCUUGCAGAAUUCCUGAAAAUGUGUUUGUCAGUUCUCAUGAACCAGUAUGAGCUAGCUUCAGUGCACCAUUGAGAUAGAUUAGAUGACAAUGAUAGAUAGAAGAUAGAUAGAUGACAGAUGAUAGAUAGAUAGAUGAUAGAUGGAUAGAUAGAUAUAGAUGAUAGAUAGAUAGAUAUAGAUGAUAGAUAAAUAGAAAUGUAACAUGUAUAUAUAUAUAUAUAUAUACACACACAAACAUGCACAAUACAAUCAUAUUUCAAAUUAUUCUUAAAACGUUGAUCUCAAACCCAGCAAAGUGCUACAUAGUUUCCCAUUCUUCAAUUUCAAUUUCUAAAAUUAUAGUCUUCCUUUAAUGUUAAUAAAAUGAUACGAACUUGCAGGAAAGGAGUUGAAAGCAAUAUAUAUGUAUAUAUAAAGGGUAACACAGUGAAAAUCAGAACUACACAACCACAAAGAAGCUGUUUCACUUUCUCUCGGAAUCCAGAGUCCUGCAGCCAUACUGUGAAAGGUCAUCCUUUGUAAAUAUUUGUAAUUUCUAUGACCCAGUUUGAACUUCAGUGAUCCAAUUUGUUCAAUUAUUUUCUCCGAGCACUAGAUUCAUGGGCAAUUUAAUCUCUGAAUAUUUUUUAUGUCAUAACUGUGCUUGAAAUGAGGCUUGUGGGAGGACAUAUUUUACAAAAUUCGAUGUUUACUCAACCACAGUAAUUUAUAAUUUUACCUCUUAUAAAACCAAUAUCUAGGCUCAAUUAGAAAACAAAUAUUUGCACCAAAGCAAAAGUUGGUUGCAUAGUGCUUGAGUAAACCUGGGUGGAAGGAGAAGCUGAGAGAAGGGCUGGCAUGUUCUCUCCGGGCGGCCCCCCAAAGGGCCACGGCUUGCACUGUGUGAGGGCUGCCCACCGCGUCUAUGCACUGCGCUUUCCUACAGGAUAUCCUCUCUGUCAAACGUGUUGUAAUCUGCUCAAUGUGAAUUAACUGUCUUGCUUUGCACAACAGUGAGAAAACUAAGAAAGACCCAGGCUCAGAGCGUGGCCCGUGUGCUCAGUACAGUCACAGUAUUGCUCAAAUAAAGAGGCUUCUGGCAAAUCAGCCUUUUAAAAAUAGUAUCCUAUGUAUCCUUCAUUGAUUUUCAACACUUCUCAAGUCUCCCUCCAUUAGAUUAGUCUUCUCACCCAAGGGAGAUUUUCAAGAAGACUACUAGAGAAAAAUCUGUUUAAAACGUGUGCUCUGUUUGCUAUGAAUACCAGCUUCUGUGAUUUGAUCAUUUACACAGGAUGUCAGUCCUCCGUUCUGUGGCAAUCUAAAGGGUUGGUAUGGUAAAUGUAAUAGGGACAAAAUGAAAGGCUUGAAGAGAUGAAACAGCUUGAAGAAAUUUACAAACUGUUAUUGGGACGCUAUCAGCAGCUACGCCAGUGGGGAGCUGGCAGGAUUUAGCCCUUCGGUGGGUCUCCAUCAGCAACCCCCUAAUCCCCAUCCUCACCCAUGGAAAUUAUAAUCUAAAAAACGAAAAGAAGAGCUUUAAAAUCCUGGGAAUGAUGCUACUUUCUAACUAAAAUUUCCAAUUUAACUGUAAACAGCAGGCAUUUUAAUGCAAACACAACUUCCAGGUGAAUCCACUAGACAGCCCUCCCAAUCAGACUGCUGUCUCUAAAUACCUCCUACCCCGAAAUUCUGAAACCGCCACUGGAAGUGAACUUUGCAGUGCAUUACUAAAGGCUAAAGGCUAAAGGCUGCCGUUUCGAUGGGAGCACUGUUGUGCAACAUCUUAAGUAGAACAAUAAAAAGAGAGUUAAAAUCUAACAUUGUAAUCUGGUGAACGAGUAUUUUUGAUCCUCAUAUUAAAAUUUAACCUUGAAUUUAGCAAUUCCAAGUAACAGCCUUUAACCAUCAGCCUUGAGGAAAAGUAAAGGAGCAUGUGCCGGCUCUUCAACCCCAGGUGCAUUGUCCCCUACAACAUGUGGUGCCCAGGAGGUCCAGUCCUUAACUGACGAGAAUGGAUCCUCUGCUGCUAUAAAUGGCCUGAGCUCCCAAAUCCACUGCAUCCCAGGAUCAGCCCUCCCACAUCAGACGCACACGUAAGCACCUGCUGAAAUUUUACCAUACUGAAAAAUAUACAAGGAUAAGUUCUCACUUCUAAUGUUGGACUCCUUGCUUUGAGAUCAGCUUUUUUUUUUUUUUUUCCUUUAAAAUAUAUUAAAGACUUUCUCCCAUAGCUAAUGAGUUCAGAACUUUACACAAGACUUCCUUGCAUUUUCCUCCCAUCACAGGCUAGAGAAUUUCAAUACCAUGAAGACUGGGCAGUAGGACCCAGGGCCCAUUUGCAGGAUCUCUCUGCUUUCUGCCUUCCAGUUGGCUGCUUCUCUUCUCAACUGUACAGUGGGGAUGCUUGGUUUUAAUUUGGGUCUUCUUGGCAAGGCCAUUCUAAGCCUGGUAUUCCUGGCAGGGCCUUGAGAUCUAGAUGUUCUUUACUGGUGAGUUGAGGCUUGGAAAUCCUUUAAUUAUCUGACACACCAUGGAAAUCACGGCAAUAUACUAGGCAGACACCAGUGACACUCAUAACUAUGAUUAUGUUUGAUCUUACUAUAUUUGAAGUCACAUCUUGAUGAAAAAAGACUAAGUCUGGAAUUUCAGGAGCUUUCCUGCAAGAGACUGAGACUCAGUGUUUAACCUUUUAUUUCAGUUUGAUCUAUGCAUAGAGAUUGGGGACAAAACUUUCAAAAGAAAUCUUCCAAAUGACAGAAUGAAAGGCAGGAUUCAACAAUCUCCUACAGACAGUCCCUGUCUCCAGUCCUGUUUUUCAAGAAGCGGAAAGAGGGCUUCCCUGGUGGCGCAGUGGUUGAGAAUCUGCCUGCCAAUGCAGGGGACACAGGUUCGAGCCCUGGUCUGGGAAGAUCCCACAUGCCGCGGAGCAGCUGGGUCCGUGAGCCACAACUACUGAGCCUGCGCGUCUGGAGCCUGUGCUCCGCAACGGGAGAGGCCGCGAUGGUGAGAGGCCCGCGCAUCGCGGUGAAGAGUGGCCCCCGCUUGCCGCAACUGGAGAAAGCCCUCGCGCAGAAACUGGGACCCAGCACAGCCAAAAAUAAAAAAAUAAUAAAUAAAUUUUAAAAAAAAAGAAGCGGAAAGAGGAUUGGAUGGGGAAAAGUGAGUAUCAUAAUUGUUUCUUUCUGCUGCAGAGUAGCCAAGCAGAAGGAAGUCACCACACGGCACACUAAUUGUGGCUUUCUGAGAGAUCUUAGCAUCAUAGGUCCAAUGACAGGUGACAGUCUUCCUGCCAUGCCCCCGAGGCAUCUUGCAUUUUGAGAGACAGAAAAAAAAAAAUGUGGGGAGAGGGAGAGGGAGGGGAUGAAGCUAUUCAUCUUUUAUGUACACACCAUUACUCCUCAAAAAUACUGUAAGCUUCCUUAGCCCACAUCAUACCUGGCUACAAUACUAACACAUGUACUUCACACAAGUAAAUUGUUGAUUAAAUAAGAGUAAAAGUAUAUUCUUACCUGUCUAUUAACUGGGGCUAGUUUCCUGAAGUUUAACGUGCUUUGGCUCAAGUAAAAGCAAUCAUUUGAAGUAACAACAGCUCAGAUCUUCUUCCUUCCAGAAGCAUUUCACACAGUACAUCCCGAUACUUAGUGUUUAAUUGAGAGACACCACUGCCUUUAUUCAGGUUACAAGAGCCCCCCUGUGCGUUCCUUAUCAGGAGCACCAGCCUGAAAGGAGAUUGGUGUACUGUGUGUUACUACUAUUAGGUUGUAAAAUUGUUAACAGACAGUGUAAAAAAUUGUGUCCAUUUUAUUAAAAAGUAAAACACUGCAUAUAAUAACUACUGCCCUGAAGCAUGUAUCAUACUCACUCCAAUAAACUUUUCUGCAUGGUCUAACAUAAAGUA